AUGGAUCCCAAUCAUCCUGGUAUGAGCACUUCUAUAUCCAUGGACAAAAUUGAAAUGGUCAAAGACGAUGGUCCGAAGGAUGGGGAUCCCUUUGGGGACGAGACCCAAACAGGCGUGAAGUACAAGACUAUGACAUGGUGUGGAGUCAUUGCCAUCGUCGUUAUCGGAAUCAUCUCAACAUACACCGGCUACACUAUCGGACAAUUCAAAUGCCGACACGUGCAAGUCCACAGCAUGGCCGAUGCUGGUGAUAUUCUGAUGGGAAGAUUUGGACGGGCAACACUGGAUGCCGCGCAGAUAGUGUUCUUCAUGCUGGUCAUGGGCAGUCACAUCCUGACAUUCUCUAUCAUGAUGAAUGUCCUGACCGAACAUUCUUCCUGUACCAUCCUCUUCUCAGUCCUAGGUCUGCUCGCAUCACUGGUACUGACUCUCCCCCGACGACUAGAACGGCUCUCCCACGUCUCCUCCGUUGGGUUUGUCAGUAUUACUGGAGCAGUAAUAACUGGCAUGAUUGGCAUCGCCCUUGCGAACGAGAAACCCUCCGAUGUUCCGGUCUUUUCACCAGGUGCAGAAAUACACCAUGUGUGUCUCGCUAUUGCGAACAUUGUCUUUGCGUAUGCGGGUCAUGUGGCAUUCUUCACCCUCUUCUCUGAGUUGAAGGAGCUGGAGGACUUCCCCAAAGCACUUGCACUUCUGCAGAUAAGUGAGAUGGUCUUGUACAUUGUUGCGGCGAUUGUGAUUUAUGCGUAUGUUGGGCCAAGCGUGAACUCGCCUGCUCUCAACUCUGCGGGGCCGUUGUUCCGGAAGGUGUCUUAUGCCAUCGCUUUGCCCACGAUUGUGAUCGGGGGCGUGGUAAACGCCCAUGUCGCGGUCAAAUUCAUAUAUGUCCGGAUAUUCCGAGGGACCAACUCUAUACAUAGCGGCUCGUUUACCGCGCGAGCGGUCUGGGCCAUUAUAUGUGUAGUCCUCUGGGUCUUGUCGUGGGUAAUCGCUGAGGGCAUACCGGUCUUCAACGAUGUUCUAGGGCUCGCGAGCUCGUUAUUCGCCAGUUGGUUUUCGUUCGGUCUCCCAGGCCUGUUCUGGCUAUACCUCAAUCGGACUUGCUGGUUCUUGACCCGGCGACAGCAGAUUCUAUUUUGCGUCAACAUUCUUUUAGUGUUUGUUGGAUUCCUCAUUUGCAUUGUCGGGUUGUAUUCGUCUAUUCGGUCCAUCUUCCACAACCUUCGUGAUGGCGUUGGAGGAGGUAGUUUCUCGUGUGCAGACAAUUCUCUUUAUUGA